AACCAGUCAGGUUUUAGAUUUCCCAAGGAGCUACCCUCGCCCACGAGAUCCACCCCGCCUCGUCAUGUGCUGAAGCCCUCGGCAUCGAUACCGAAUCUGGCGCAGUUGCGGAAGGAAUACAGCAGGGAUAUUCAUUCUCUCCAAAAUAACCGAGGCGAAAGUAGGAGGAGUGGCGUCCGAGACAGCUAUCUCUCCAUGUUGCGCCGGGACCCGCACGUCCGCCCGAUCGCCUACGCCGAUGAGUUCCGCUCGAGCUAUCGCUCCGGUUUCACCAAUGCUUCAUCCGGGUUCGUCGACGCGAGCGGAACCGAGCGCAGCAGCAUCAUUACAGAAAGGAGCGGUUUCGACAGCGAUCAAACCGAUGCCGAGGACGGUGGAAUGACUGUCGAGGACGCUAUUGACAUGUACGAGCAUGGCUUUCAGGACGAUUCGGCGGUGGAAGAAAUACCAGAUGGAUCCGACGAAGGUUAUUCCUCGCAGGUGCCCAUGAAUGGAGGAGGAUUGGAAGAGCCGCAGACUCCACCAAGAGCCAGGAGGCACUCGACCAUGACCAUGAUGCGCGACUCGGCGCUAGGCCCCGAGCUGCCCGAGAACGAUCACGACAUUCCUUACGUCACACCAGCUCGCCAAUCGCGGGUUAUCACCCAGACCGUCACUCUUAAGGAGCCUGCUGCUCCUCUUGUCAACCAACCCCCUCACUCGGCGUCCCAGGUGAGGUCGUUCACCGAGAUUCUCGCACCCCGGGCAUCCGCCCAGGUCCCGAAAGACCGGAAAGAAGCCAUUGUCGGCGUUUCCUCGAUACCCCGCGACCAAUACGGCUUCAAAAAGACUUCGCAACACAUUACCGUUCAGCAAUACGACGCCUGGAAUGGCCCCUACACGGAACACGUCGAACGGCGACGCAAGAAGUGGGUCCAUCUUAUGAGACAGCAUGGCUUGCCCACCGAGAACCCGGUCAAAUUCCCCCCCAGGACGGAAAAGGUGAAGAGAUUCAUCCGCAAGGGCAUUCCCCCGGAAUGGAGGGGCGCCGCGUGGUUCUGGUAUGCUGGCGGGCCUGACUGGAUGGCCAAGAAGCCUGGUCUGUACUGGGAGUUGAUCGAACAGGUUGGCGACGGCAAACUUAGUGAGCAGGAUCGCGAGCAUAUCGAGCGGGACCUUAACCGGACGUUCCCGGACAACGUCAAAUUCCGGCCGGAAUCGCGGGCUUCGAUGAACGCGGCACACAUGCUGGACACGCGGGCGACCGAGUUGACGCCGGAGUGCGAGACUCCCAUUCUGCGCGCGCUGCGCCGCGUUCUGCAGGCUUUUGCCGUGCACAACCCGGGCAUCGGCUACUGCCAGUCGCUCAACUUCCUUGCCGGCCUGCUCCUCAUCUUCCUGGACGAAGACGAAGAGAAGGCCUUUAUUCUGCUCGACAUCAUCACCACGCUCCACCUACCCGGCACGCACAGCCGUGUUCUCGAAGCCAACAUCGACAUUGGCGUCCUCAUGUCGUGCAUCCGCGAAUCGAUGCCCGCCAUCUGGAACAAGAUUGACGACACCUCGGACAUGGAGGCGGGUGGCAGCAGGGUCGCGACGGCGGCUGCACGGCUGCCGACGGUCUCGCUGGCAAUGACGUCGUGGUUCAUGUCGCUGUUCGUGGGCAGCUUCCCCAUCGAGACGGUGCUGCGGGUUUGGGACAGCUUCUUCUACGAAGGUAGCAAGACGCUGUUCCGGAUCGCCCUGACGAUUAUGAAGAUCGGCGAGGCGGAGAUCCGCGCCAUCAGCGAUCCGAUGGAAGUGUUCCAGAUCAUCCAGACGCUACCGCGGCGGCUGAUCGACGCCAACGCGCUCAUGGAAUUGUGCUUCCGCCGGCGCAAUGGCUUCGGCCAUGUCAGUCAGGACACGGUUGACUCGCGCCGCAUCGAGCGCCGCAAGGCUCACCGCGAAGAC